ACAACUGAUGCACAGACAGCUGCUGUUUCUCCCUUCCCCUGCUCCCCUAACUAUUCUCCUUCUUCCGCUUCUUCCCUACACUGCCUCUAUUCAUCCCCUCUGUACCUUCCCCUUCUUUCCCUCUACUCCGUCAUUCUGCCCUGCACUUUUCCUCAGGCAGAUAUAAAGGCAGGUCUCUUUGGAGGGAGAGGGCUUGUGUAAUCUCUGGCUGCACAUGAGCACCAGGGAGUUAUUGCUUCAGCUGGAAAGGCACCACGAACGCGUAAAGGACAAACUUUGGAAUAAGGAGAGGAAGAAGGAAUACCUCUGAGACAGGAAGGGAGGAGAAGGGAGGGAGACGCAGAAAGAGUUCGGAGUUGGGGUGCAGGACACAGACCAUGCCGGGCUCUGUGCUGCUGCUGCUGCUGUCCCUGUUGGUCCUGUCCACAGGAAGUGAUGCCAGGAGAAUCAGGAAAAGAGGACUCAACCAUAAGGACUACGAGUACCCCAACCACCCCCAGUCCACACAGCACCAGAAGAAUGACCGGUGUCCACCGCCACCCCAGAUGCUACCAGAGAGAGCCUGUGAGGUGCCAGGCUGCCGCUCAGACUCCGAGUGUGAGCGCCAUAAACGCUGCUGCUACAAUGGAUGCAUCUAUGCCUGCCUGGAAUCUGUCCAGCCUCCACCAGUGUUGGACUGGCUGGUGCAGCCCAAGCCUCGGUGGUUGGGGGGCAACGGCUGGCUGUUAGACGGCCCUGAGGAGGUUCUGCAGGCUGAGGCCUGCAGCACAACUGAGGAUGGAGACGAGCCUCUUCACUGUCCUACAGGCUACGAGUGCCACAUCAUCAACCCAGGGAAACCUGCCGCUGGCAUCCCUAACAGGGGACAGUGCAUCAAGCAACGUGGCAACUCCGAUGGACGUGGUCUGAGGCACAAAUAUUUCAAAGACUACAAGGACUACUUAGGUACCAGUUCGAACAAUGCAGUGGGCUACGAAAAACAUCAUCACAAGCACCUGGGAUGAAAUCAACCUGACCUCAGCCUCAGCUACGACCAUAACACAACCUCAGACAUCAGCCCGGUCCUGUUGGAUCUGCUCUCAUCACACCUGAACCAGGAUCAGAUCUGACCCCUUUUUUUUUUUUUUUUUUUACCAGACCUACAGCUGCUACCUCCUCUUCGCAAAGCCCCAUAUUCAGCCACAAAGUCCUUUGAGAGACAACUCUGGUGCACACAGCCAAAGAUAUAAGUGCUUUUUUGUCUCUCUGUCUGGUGUCUGUGAAAUAAUGGAGGAGAGGGUGUUGAUGAUGAAGUAGACGAGAGGAGAGCAGGGUGUGCACCAAAGCUUUUUUCAUCUCUUAACAACCCUCGCCUCCCUUCAACUCAUUCUUAUUCGCACACACUCUCUCUAACCUUAAGGCCGGUCAGCAGAAAAAAUCAAGACCAUGUGGCCGUGUUACUCAUUCUGUGUCUCUCCUCCUCAGAAGGACUGUGCUCAAAUUUCCUGAUCUUGAAAUCUGGAAAGUUUUACAGACAAAAUAGCAAAACUUCCAGCUGCAUCUUUGAAUCCAUUCCAAAUGUGGUUUCAUACUCAAACAGCUUUAAAGGAUUUGGAACAGCUUUGUCCCAGCCAACAGAUGUGACUUCACUGGCAUACAAAGCAAAAGUAAAAUGCGAUAAAAUCAUUUACUCAAGAGGUUACUUUAAGAGUGAUUUAAAUAGA